AUGAAGAUCGUCAACUUAUCAGCGCUUGUACUUUUCGCCAAUGGUGCUCUGGCAGCAGACUGCCUCGGCACCAAAACAAAUGGUAGUAUGGACAAGUUUCUGUCGGCCUUCUGGGAAGCGCGCGAGAAAAUGUGCAACAAUUCCGACUGCGCUCUUCAGCAGCCCUGCACAACAAAGGCUUCAAAGACUGCAGGAAUUUUGCGAAACACGAUUGAGGUUUCGAUAAAACGCCAGAACACCGCUGGAAAGCCUGGGUUUAAGGAUUGCUGGGAUGCCACUGAGAACAUCAUUCAACAAUGCACAAAGAACGGGUACUUGGAUGGAAUUUGGGAGGCCAAUGGACAACUGUACCAGAUAAACUCAUACUACAGCAGCUAA